GGCCGAUUACGUGCCCGGCGGAUUUCCAGAGGGCACAUUGCUCGAAGUGCUACUGGACCGGUGGCUCGGAUGGCGUGACAGAAUGUCAGGACUGCUCGUCCCCGUACACUUUGGAGGACAAGGCCUGCCAGCUCAGCUGCUCCUCCCUGCCUGCACCGGAUCCCAAGCCGGGCAUGCCCGACAACGCCAUGAAAUACAACGGAAUCAGCUGGCCGACGGUUUGCUUCGACGACUCGGAGGCCCACUUCUUCACCAUUGGUGAUGCUUUGCUGAAGUUCAGCAGGGGUGCCCAGGAGCUGCAGCAGAAGGGCCAUGACCCGAGGAUUGAAUGCUUGCUGCUUCCUGUGACCCCACGCAGCAGCGAACGACUGGCUGUGACGCACUGCAUGACAUCAACCGCUGCCACCAUCUUCAUCGCCAUGACUUCUCUUGUUGACAGUCACAUCGCCGACCCAAGACGCAAAAAAAAAGCCAAACAAGAAGAAACACGCCAGAUUCAGCGAGUUUUCAAGUUGGCCGUGCUGGCACACGACCUGUUUGAGACAAAUCCCUCGCAGAGAGGCACGCCGCCCAGGUUCGUGCUCAACGUAGGUGACAACUUCUAUCCUGGUGGCAUCAAUGCGCACUGCGACAGCGUAAACACCCCAGAGGAUUCCUUCUUGUCCUGGCAGUUCAAGCAGGUCUUCGAGAACAUGUACCCCGUGCAGGACCUGGGCAACAUGGAAUGGUGGAGCGUCCUCGGCAACCACGACUAUGGUGGUGUCUGCUACAUCAAGGGCUGGGACCAGCAGAUCUUCUACACCUUCAAGGAUGGUGGACGCUGGAUCAUGCCAGCUCAGUAUUGGCACAGGCAUGUGAAUUUCAAGACAUUCGACGUGGAUAUCUGGUUCUUGGACACGAAUGUCCUCGACACGCAGAACCCGGCGGACAAUCCAGACCACAACCUUUGCGCCAACAGGGGAAACUCGGACAAAUUCCAGUUCUGCGAGAAGAACAGGUUCCCGCCAAAGGAGGGCAGCGACGCGAGUUGCAUGUGGGCGAUGAAGAUUCCAUCUUUGUGGCAACAGUGGGUAGGCAGAACCAAGCAUGACAUCCAGACACAGCCGCAGCACCAACUACGAGGCGCCUUCUGGAACACUACGGGCCUACUGGAAGCAGCCAAGCUUCACUCACUGAUCCAGCUCAUGAAGCAGCACGAGCUUAGCUGGCUGGCCCUCACAGAGACACACAUGAAGCAGCCCGAUCAGUUUAUGAUUGAGGGCUACACCAUUACACACAGCGCCACCGAAGCCUACGACUCCAAAGGCGAGCCAACACAAACCUUCACAGGAGUCUCACUCAUCACAGCUCCACACCUUACACCAACAAUCACGGAGCUUACCUGCAUUGACGGCCGCUUUCUUCACUUCACUAUUGAUACGGUGGAGGCCCCGCUCAAAAUCAUGGCCAUCUACGCCCCACACAACCAGCGAGAGCAGGCAAUCCGAGACACCUUCUGGCAGCAGCUUAACCAACACCUCACAGCCCACAGAGAGCGAACAGCGCUUUUGGUGGUAGGGGACUUUAACGCCCUAGCCCUGGACGAGAUAGCAGCCAUCCCACACGCAGCGUGCCCACACUUUGUCCCCGGCAAGACUGCCGAGGAUGACGAGGCUGACCGCACAGAGGAAGGAGAGACCAACCAAAGGCAGUUGCACGACCUUCUCUCCUCACAGGACUACUGCCUCCCACAGAGCUGGAUGGAAAAAGCCCCACAGCAUAGACACACGCACAAGCGCCCCAACGGAGACCUGGUGCAGCUGGACCACGCCAUCAUCCACAAAGACUGGCGCAACAUCAUCCACAACGUCCACACCAUCCCCGGAGCAGCACUCAACAGCAAUCACUUUUUGGUUAAGGUCGACCUCCUGCUCAAGACCAAAGAAGCCAAGAGAACACCUCCCAAGCCAAGACACUCCAGACAACCAGACCCCGCCCAGAUCCAGAGCUUCAAUAAGCACAUCCAUCAGCAGGAGCUCCACAACAUACCCGCAACGGACUCCUCACAUCCCACUCCCCACCUUCCACUUCAGGCGCAAGCCCACACCCUUUGGGAGCAGCUGCAGGAAGCCACCAAAAAGGCCAUUGCAGAGAACAUUCCCACCACUACCUCGGUGCCGAAGCACCCACGGAUCUCACAGCAGACCUGGGACCUCAUACAACAACGUUCCACAGCCAGAGCCUCACAGCGCUUCGACGAGGAAGUGAGGCUCCACAAAGACAUUCGCAAGCAAGCCCGCAAGGACAAAACACAGUGGCUUAAAGAGCGACUGGCCGAAAGCGAGGCCACUCUUGACCCACGCCAAAAAUGGAGGUGGAUCAAGAGAGUACGUUCUGACUACAAACCCCGUCCGGUCCCAAUACGGGACUCACAGGGCAAGCCCACCAGCCAAACCCAGCAAGCGCAGACCUUCGCAGAAUACCUGCGAGACUCCCACUGGGCUACACCCCCAGCUCCUUACUCGGGCCCCACAGACCCCAUCCAUCCCCCAGCCCCAGUAGACCUCAGCCCCAUCAGACAGGCAGAGCUACAGGCAGCUCUUAAAGAGCUGGCACACAACAAGGCGCCAGGCCCAGACACUAUCCCUGCUGAAGCCUGGCAGUGGUUGGAUACACACAAUCAAGCUGCACUCCUCAGGGUGCUGAACCAAGCACUUCUCACAGCCACUAUCUGGCACGAAGCCAUUGUGGUGGAGAUCUACAAGGGCAAGGGUCCACUCACAGACCCUUCCAGCUACCGCCCCAUUUCAUUACUCAGCACCUCCUACAAACUCUUUGCUAAAAUCAUUCACACCCGGUUGCAAGCUGCGAUCGACGACAGACAAUCUCUCUACACCAUUCUGUUGGAUUGGGAAAAGGCCUUUGACAAAAUACACCCACAGGCCCUACUCACAGCACUCGACAGAUUUGGUGUCCCACCACAUCUCACGGCGCUCAUCAAGAACAUCUACACCUCACCACAGUUCACAGUGGCAGCAGCAGGCCAUAGCAGCAGCAAAGAGGAGGCACAGUCGGGCAUCAGACAGGGAUGCUCACUUUCCCCAUAUCUUUUCCUGGUGGUCCAUGGUAUGAUCAUGCACGACGUGGACGCAGAACUCACAGCCAAUGGGGAAUUUCUCCCCUGGCUAUACAGCCAAAACCAGCCCUUCUACGACCUGGCUUACGCAGAUGACACAGCAUUGCUGGCAGGCUACACGCCGGGCCGUGGUGCCGAUGCCAUGAGUUGGCAGGCCAUUUCCCGCGAAGCGGGGAUCGACCUCAUCAUCAGCGGCCAUAAGCACGAGCAGAAGGUGGACUUGCAGUGCGGCGUCGCGGCGAUGGAAGUCUCUACGGAGGCCGCCUAUCAGGACCUUGCCCGGCGCCGGGAGGAGGUGCUAAGCAGCCUGGGCAGCUGGUGCCAAGCACUCAAGGCGAUCAGAGCACCCCAGACUGCGCCCCUCGAGGCCGACGGCGACCCGAAGGAGACCUCGCAGCUGCAGUCCCACCUGCGAGACGCGCUCUUCGUGGAGAUCUGCAACGCACUGGCUUUCCCUGGCGCCGCGGCGCUGGCCAAACCGGCUACGCCCGCGAAGGUUGUGAGCCAGCGACAAGUGUCCAAGAGCGCUGCAGUGGUCUCUGUUCGCACGCCGCGAACACCACAGAAGCCGAGCCCUAGAGGCUCGCGUGAGUCUUUGAGCUCCCGAGCCACGUCUCUCACACCGCGGCCAAGUCCGGCGCUCUCGGCGCUGGGCCGGAAGGACGCUCGGCCGGUGCAGCCGUUGGUGCCACGACAAAGGUGUCCCCAAACGAACAAUGUGCCAGAGAAGCGGCCGACGGGACGGAUAGAAAGGACGAGCGAGCGUCCGGUGGUUACCCGAUCCCAACAGUUCCAGAUGCCUGCUUUUGCUGGAGUUCGACGCAGCUCCAGCCCGCGAAACUCCUCUCAGCCGCUUUCUGCCCGAAGUUCCUCGCUGCGGUACUGA